AUGGCCGAGACAGAGAGCCUCUCGCCCUUUGGCAAUGCCAGAGCUACCGUUACCGACCAGCCCCUCAGCAAGGAUGAGGUCGACAAGAUCAACCGUUACUUCCAUGCCAGCAUGUACUUGUGCUUGGGUAUGCUCUACCUCAGAGAAAACCCCCUGCUCCAGGAACCUCUCAAAGUUGAGCACAUCAAGCCUCGUCUUCUUGGACAUUGGGGCUCUGAUGCUGGCCAAUCCUUCACAUACAUUCACAUGAACCGCUUGAUUAAGAAGUACGAUCUCGAUGCCUUCUUCGUUUCUGGUCCUGGUCACGGUGCUCCUGCUGUCAUUUCAAACUCCUACCUCGAAGGAGUCUACUCCGAGGUCUACCCCGAUAAGUCUCAGGAUGCCGAUGGCCUGCAGCGUUUCUUCAAGCAGUUCUCUUUCCCAGGUGGCAUUGGCAGUCACGCAACUCCAGAGACUCCUGGCAGUAUCCACGAGGGUGGUGAACNNUUGGUGAGACUCCUACAACCGCAUGAACCGCUUGAUCAAACCCUAACCCCCUUGAAAGGAUAUUCAAUUUCUCACGCCUUCGGUGCCGUGUUCGACAACCCCGACUUAAUUGCUCUGACUGGUCCUUUGGCAACCAGCUGGCAUAGCACCAAGUUCCUCAAUCCCAUUUGUGAUGGUGCAGUUUUGCCUGUCCUCCACUUGAACGGAUACAAGAUCAACAACCCCACCGUCCUUUCGAGAAUCAGCCACGAGGAGCUGAAGGCUUUAUUUGUCGGAUAUGGUUGGGAGCCUUACUUUGUCGAAGGCUCUGACCUUGACACCAUGCACCAAGCAAUGGCUGCCACCUUGGAAAGAGCUGUCACUGAGAUCAAGGCUAUCCAGAAGAAGGCCAGAGAUUCUGGCAAGGCUGAGCGUCCCAGAUGGCCCAUGAUUGUUCUCAGAACACCCAAGGGCUGGACUGGUCCCCGUACCGUCGACGGUCACUUCCUCGAGGGUUACUGGAGAGCUCAUCAGAUUCCCCUCACCAACGUCCUCAAGGAUAACGACCAGCUCGCUCUGCUCGAGAAGUGGAUGCGUAGCUACGAGCCUGAGAAGCUGUUCAAGAACGGCAAGUUCAUUGAUGAGCUUCGUGAGAUCGCUCCUGGUGGCAACCGCCGUAUGAGUGCCAACCCCGUCACCAAUGGUGGUCUCCUACGCGCCAACCUCAGAAUUCCCGACUUCAAGAAGUUCGCACAGACCGUGAAGAAGCCGGCAGCUGAGCAAGCACCCAGCAUGAACCUGUUCGCAGACUUCUUGACCCAGAUUGUCAAGGCCAACCCUAACAACUUCCGUCUGUUCGGUCCCGAUGAGACACAGUCCAACAAGCUCGGCGCCGUUUACGAUGUCACUCAGAAGGUCUGGAUGGCCGACUACUUCGAAGAAGACAAGGAUGGAGGCAACCUUGCUCCUUCCGGCAGAGUCAUGGAGAUCCUCAGUGAGCACACUGUUGAGGGCUGGUUGGAGGGUUACCUCUUGACUGGUCGCCACGGGCUGCUCAACAGCUACGAACCAUUCAUUCACAUCAUUGACUCUAUGGUCAACCAACACGCAAAGUGGCUCGAGAAGUGCAACGAGAUUUCUUGGAGACAGGAAGUCGCCUCGCUCAACAUUCUGCUUACCUCCACUGUAUGGCGUCAGGAUCACAAUGGCUUCACUCACCAGGACCCUGGUUUCCUUGAUGUCGUUGCCAACAAGUCGCCUGAAGUUGUCCGCAUCUACCUUCCUCCAGACGCCAACUGCUUGCUCAGCACCAUGAACCACUGUCUGAAGUCAUCUAACUAUGUCAAUGUUAUUGUUGCCGACAAGCAGAACCACCUUCAAUACUUGAACAUGGAAGACGCCGUCAACCACUGUUCGAAGGGUCUUGGCAUUUGGGACUGGGCUUCAAACAGCCAGCACCAAGAACCCGACAUUGUCAUGGCCAGUUGCGGCGAUGUCAGCACACAAGAGGCUCUUGCCGCUACUGCUCUGCUUCGCGAGUACCUUCCUGAAAUUAAGGUUCGCUUCGUCAAUGUCGUCGAUCUUUUCAAGCUUCAACCCAACGGCUACCACCCCCACGGCCUCACGGAUGCCCAAUACGCAGCCAUCUUCACAGACAACAAACCAGUGAUCUUUAACUUCCAUUCUUACCCAGCCCUGGUUUAUCGUAUGAUCUUCAAGAGGAAGAACAACAACGUCCAUGUUCGCGGGUACAAUGAANAAGGCAACAUCGACACGCCUUUGGAGCUUGCUAUUCGCAAUGAGACUGACCGGUACAGUCUUGCUAUGUUAGCGAUAGAUAACUUGGNNAAGCAUGUGUUGGGCAACAAGGGCUCAUCAGCAAGAGAACACUUCCUUAACACAAGAACUAGCAGCCUGAACUACGCAUAUGAGAACGGUACGGAUCCCGAAGAGUACGAGAAUUGGACAUGGAACUAUUAA